UUGCCAGGCUGCACCGCGAAAUGGCGCUGCCGGAAAAACACUCACGCGAAAGUGUUGACGUGCUUAUUACUUUCGAUUCGCGUCAAAGAAAACUACGUUUGCCGCUUAGUUGUGGCUGUUUUUUUAAGUUAAAAGGAUUCCCUUGUCAGACUAUAUCGGGUCAGUAUUUUGCGGGAGUGUUGUCUAUGCGGUAUUGCGGUACGAGGUGUUAUCAACGCGUGAAGACCCGAGGCAGGAUCUGCAUUGUCGUUUAUUUGUCCGUGCGAGGUUAGACGACGCGCCAUCCUAAUUGUUUAUAUCGCUAGAAUAGCUUAGGAAGUGUUGGCCAGGAUGUAUUGAUCAGCCCACACUUUAAAUAGGCGAUAGACUAAGCAAUAUUAUUUUCGCGCAUUUCGUGCCGCCAGCGCUGAAGUGUGGAUUGUGGUUUUGUACAGGCUGUGUAAAUUGCACGCUCGCAAAACUAGCCGUUCUGUAGGGACUUCGGUUACGACCGUAUUCACCACAUCCGCUUUACGAGUAUCUGCCAAAAUACGAGAACUGGCUGCAUAUUUUAGUUUGAAAAGUUACGCGAAGUGAAGCUUAGCCGAGUGUCAUUCGUCACGUGUAGGUUAAUUGUAGACAAGAGAGAAAUCCCGGUGCCAAGUGCUUUGAAAUCAAAGUCUUCUCUCUCAACCCUUAAACCGCUUCAUUUUUUUUCACGGAGAUUGUUUCGAGAUUUGUUAUUGAUUCUUUUCCUGCGCGUCAGCAUUUGUAUAUUAACGCUGGUUCAGCUGGACCGAGGUAGCCUGCUGAGUAUAACGCAACACGACGUGACUGUGGCGUUAUUAUGGAUCCUUGUACAACAAAUACGAGCGUGCUGAAAGGGGUGUAAAAUGCGAUCUGGGUGAGGUUUUAGUCGAAUGAAAUGUGGCGGCAACGGUCCCAUACCAUGCUGCUUGUGCUGUUUUUUGUUUACAAUGUAAAUGCCCAGUUGGGCGAACCCUCACUGACAGAGGACGAUGGAGAAUAUGCUUAUUUUGAAUACGAUUACAAGGAAGAUUAUAAUCAACUCUCCGAUGCUAUCGACAAGGAAUUAAUGAAAAUGGAUGUCUCCCCGAGAACUAUAGUCAUUUCUAUCAUAUAUUGCGUCAUAGUGGUCGCAGGCUUGGUUUUGAAUGUUGUUGGAUUGGUGAUGACACAGCGAUGUACAGUGAUCCAGUACUCGCAGAAACUCUUCAUGCAGAAUCUAUGCAUAUCUUCUCUUCUGUUGGUUACAAGCUUGGCGUUUUCAGCGCAAUAUCGAGCGCUGCGAGAUUGGAGACUCGGUUCGAUCACAUGCAAGCUGGUUAACUGCCUGAAGACGCUGAGCAUGUUCUGCCAAUGUUAUUUCGCCGUGGCGGUGGCAGCUGACUAUGUAGUGAUGCGGAAACGGCCUGGUAUUGGAAAUAUUCGCCGCACGGUCAUCGAAAUACUAACGGUGGGCUUUGGUUGGAUGCUAGCGGCUGGCUUCUCCGUUCCAAUGCUUGUCUUUGCGGAAACCGAUGCCAUAGGCGCCGACCGACACAUGUGUACCUUGUUUCCAUGGUACAAAACAUCGACUGUUGUCGAAGAGACCGAAUUGUACGACGUGUAUGAGCUGAGUGGAGAUGAAGAAAAAUUCGACGAUUCUCUGCAGCCACAGUGCAAGGAUCUCAAUAACGAGCCGUAUCGUGUGUGGGUGAUUUGCAGUUUCGCUUUGGCAUAUGCCACACCACUUUUAGUGUCUGUUUGCCUGUGUGUUAUGUACAAAGCCACAGCUGCAAGAUACAACUCUCAAAUUACCCAGACUGAACAAAACCAACAUCGGGUCGUAGACAGCUCGCAACGGCGGGGAAAGAAACGCCGAAAGCCGGCGAGUCGUUUUAUUGUGGGCGGGGUGUGGGUGUCGCUCAUAGAACUGGCGUACUUUCUUUGUUGGUUGCCGCUUCAUAUUUACCACAUGGGUCGCAUUUGGGGCCUGGACCUUGGCCCAACCGAGUGUCUGAAUCUCCGGGAUUUCAGUUUCGUUCUCGGAUACGCAAGCUGUCUCGUAUUGCCAGCGAUAGUAAUUGCAUAUUCCAGACCUGGUUCGCUUCCUCAGAGGUCAGGCGCCUCGUCAUCUACGUCAUCGUUUACGUCAUCUUCCGUGAAAUCGAUGACGAAGGGUGACGUUACGCCUGAGCAAACGGACAUGCACUUGCUUAAACAAAACUUAGAAGACCAAGGUCCAAACAGUUGCACGGCAACAUAAAAUAUCCAACGUAGAACUCCACGGUCGUUGGCGCUGUCAGUGGUCUAUGUAAUUAGCGAGCAUGGCGCCUCCUUAUUUACUGUAGGUUUUUAUCGUUCCCUUCAUCUCAUACCUCGUACAUAUUUACCUCGGUUAAGUACCCGGUAUCCUUUAAUCCAGCAGAUUAAUCUUCACUGCCAGUACUCUGUCUCCCGUUAACUUGUUGCAUUCUUUCCCUGGCACUCGGCCAAACCGCAAGCUCAAAAUUAACCACACACACCAACGCAUUCAAUUCAGCAAACAAACUGAUUUCCGACGCGUGAAGCCCGAUUUAUCCUUGUUUUCUUUCUUAUCUUAAUAUGGAAACCGAUUUCCACCGUUAUUUACACAACCCGUCAACAUAUACAAUAUCUCAACGUUGCAGAAAACGUGUACAGCAUGAUCUAUGCUCUUAUUAUUAUUGUCAGGAUAUAUUGAUAUAUAAUAUUAUGUACCUCUUUAUCUUCCAUGAUGCAGCGUUGUAUAUAUUGCGCGUACAAAUAAACAUUUUGUUAAUUAA